UCUCCACGCACUGAAUGUUUGGGCGGCCAUAAUUCACAGCUAGUUGCGCAGUGGCACCCGCCCCGUAGCGCUUAGGUGCAUCCUCCUUAUUCAACUUCUUUGUUUGGGCUGCUGGAUACGACGGCUUUGGGUUCACAAACUCUUUUAUUUUCAGAAACUCUUAGCUUUUCUGCUUGAACGAUUGUGUCCACUGCGAGGGGGCCUUGCCACACCGUCGUCAUAUAGCUGCCACCCGCGUGCCUCCAAGGACAGCCAGAACAACUAUGCCUCCACCCUUCCGCCAGCGCCCCAUGCGCAUCUUCGUGAAUGACGACCGCCACGUGAUGGCGAGGCACGCCUCAGUGUACCCCACACAGGAGGAGCUGGAGGCCGUACAGAACAUGGUGUCUCACACUGAACGUGCCCUAAAGGCCGUCUCCGAUUGGUUGGACGAGCAGGAGAAGUUAGCUGGCAAGUCCAACAGUGUGGUUCCUGAGGGGCCCGAGGAUGACAAGGAAAGCGGUGAGUCGAAGCCCUCGGAGCAGGCCACUCGAUCCCUGCGGGGCGUGAUGAGGGUGGGCUUGGUGGCCAAAGGUCUCCUGCUCAAGGGGGACCUGGACUUGGAGCUGGUUCUGCUCUGUAAGGACAAACCCACUAUCUCUCUUCUCAAGAAAGUCGCGGAGAACCUCUCCGUGCAGUUGAAGGUCAUCACAGAGGAGACGUACGAGGUGAUCCAGUGCAUCCGUGAGGCUGCCAUCGUGGUGAAGAGCACGAAGGAGCCGGCGCUGAGCCUCACUGUUCACCUGACCUCUCCGGUGGUGCGGGAGGAAGUGGAGAGGCAGGCUGGCGGAGAAACGCUAUCAGGCACUGCGCCCCCGGAUGCUUUGGACAGGCAGAAAUGCCUGACAGCCUUGGCGUCCCUCCGUCACGCCAAGUGGUUCCAGGCCCGGGCCAAUGGACUGAAGUCGUGCGUCAUUGUUAUCCGCAUCCUGCGGGACCUGUGUUCCCGAGUCCCCACCUGGGCUCCGCUUAGGGGAUGGCCACUGGAACUGCUUUGCGAGAAGGCGAUUGGAACAGGCAACCGGCCAAUGGGAGCUGGAGAGGCUCUCCGUAGGGUCCUGGAAUGCCUGGCGUCCGGAAUCCUCAUGUCCGAUGGUCCUGGCAUUUUGGAUCCUUGCGAGAAGGAGGCGACCGACGCGAUCUCUCAUCUUGACCGGCAACAGCGGGAAGACAUAACUCAGAGCGCGCAGCAUGCCUUGCGGCUUUCUGCGUUCGGUCAGCUCCAUAAAGUCCUGGGAAUGGAUCUGCUGCCGUCCAAGAUGCCACGCAAACCCAGGAACGACACGCCAAUAGACUAUACAGUGCAAAUCCCACCCAGCACCACCUAUGCUGCUCCGGUGAAAAGACCUAUCGAGGAAGAGCUGGGAGAGGAUGAUAAGAGUCCCAACAAGAAGAAGAAGAAGUUGCAGAAGAAGUCUCCGGAUGAGAAGGCCGAGCCCCCCCAGGCCAUGAACGCGCUGAUGCGACUGAACCAGCUGAAGCCAGGCCUGCAGUACAAGCUGGUGUCGCAGACUGGCCCCGUCCACGUGCCUGUGUUCACCAUGGCGGUGGAGGUCGACGGGAAGUCGUACGAAGCAUCGGGUCCGUCCAAGCGCACGGCCAAGCUGCACGUGGCCGUCAAGGUUCUGCAGGACAUGGGUCUGCCUACUGGGGUGGAAGUAAAGACCGCAGAGCCAGUGAAAGCUGAAGAGGGGGCUGGGGAGGGGGACACCAAGACCCCGACAGCGCCCAGCACUGCCACAGACGCGCCGGCCGCUCUGGCCCCAGUUGCUGUAGUAGCAGAUGCCACUGAGGGCGCACGACAACAGGGCCCCAUCCUGACCAAACAUGGCAAGAACCCCGUGAUGGAGCUGAACGAGAAGCAGCGCGGCCUGAAGUAUGAGCUCAUUUCCGAGAGCGGGGGCAGUCAUGACAAGCGGUUCGUCAUGGAGGUGGAGCUAGACGGGCAAAAGUUCCAGGGCACAGGCUCUAACAAGAAGGUGGCCAAGGCCUACGCUGCUCUGGCUGCCCUGGAGCAACUCUUUCCAGAAGGUUCCACCACGGAUGCUGCUAAAAAGAAGAAACUCUUGCAACAUCCUGGGUUUGGAAUGAUGGGCGGAGCUCCAGUGGACCCUGGAGCCAAUCCCAGAGGACGAGGAAGAGGUGGGCGUGGCCGAGGACGAGGCAGAGGAUUCAACAACGGUGGAGGCUAUAAUCAAGGUGGUUAUGGAUCCUAUGGAUACGGGAACAGUCCAAACACUGCAUACAAUAACUACCACAAUAAUGGUGGGGCAAACGGGGCCUCAUCCUCAGGGGCAGGGGGCCCCACGGCCGGACCCCCCGGUGGGGGUCCUGGCCCAUUCUACCAGAAUGACGGAGGCUACACGGCUCCUCCCACAGCAGGAAAACCUCUGGGAAAGAAGCCGGCUGGACACCUCGGGGGAAAACCCCCCUUCGUUGGAGCUCCGAGCUACCAGGCCUCCCCCACCCCGGGGCCUGGCUCCUACGGGCAGUUUGGGCAAGGCUAUGGGCAGCCCAAGAAGAACUUUGGCCAGAAUCAAGGGGCCGGGGGCUACGGCAACUACAGCACUGCCUACCCCAGUCAGAUGACAGGAGGUGGCGGGAACCAAGACUACAGCUAUGAAGGUUACAGUAACCAGUCAAACUACGGCACACAAGAAGGCCACCAGGGGUACCCCGGGCCCUGCCAUACCCCUGGCGGUUAUGGGAGGGGCGAGCCCAGUAUGAAUUACCAGUACAGAUAGGCUUGGCCUGCAGUUGCCAGCGACUCCAUUUGCACACUCUUCAGCAGCCCUUGACGAGCCUUUUUUCUAAGCGCCUUCCCUGGGCUGUCCUGCAGUUUUUUGUUUUGUUUUUUUUAUAAGACUAUAGACUUCGGGUGUAGUGUUACGUUGAUCCCUUAUUUUUUUGCAUUUUUACCAUUGUAUUUCUCCUGUUUUAUCAACUGAUCCUACCAAGUGCAGACGAGAAGAUCAAAGUCAGAUUGGGUUCAUAUAUGAAACUGAUCGAUAUUCUUGCAGUUUUAUUGGAUUAACGUGUCAUUGUCUACACAAUUUAGGCAUUUCACAAGUUUUUAAGUGGACAACUAAUUGGACUGACUGAAGAUCUGGUGCCUAAAGACUACCGUCACUGCACAAUGGCCUAAUGACAUUUCUUUGAUAUAGUAAACCUUUUGACGUUAAUGUAGUGGCAUUUUAGUCAAAUUUUACUUCACAAGUGGCCCAAAUUUCAUUAUUUCAAGUUGUGUUGUUGACCCUCCUGACACCUUUCUUUAUUUUUAAACUAAGUAUGUGUCAUUUGUGGUUUGUACCAAUAAAGGGUUAUAAUUUUGGAUGACAAUUUA